UAUCUUUCUGCACUUGCAUUUUUGCCUUUGGCAGAAAUUCUAUCAGCAUUUGACCAUAUUAAGGCUAUUUUGCAUCCUAGUACAAACAGUAUUGUUAAGUACUUUGAAGAAACUUAUGUUUAUAGAAGAGUAUUACGACAACUUCAAAAUGGAUCAGUACUCCAUUCUACACUAUUAUUCCUACCUGUAUUAUGGUCUGUUCAUAAGCUUGUUGAAGCAGGUUAUCCUAAAACCCAAAACAAUAGAGGCAUGGCACAAUAG